UGGGCCUCAGAGCCUUUGUGCCAUCCGGGUCUCUCGCACGAACGAUUUAGUCAGUGUCGAAGCUUCGGGGCGGCCGGGACUGUUGCGAGAGGAGAGUGGCGGCGCCGCGCUAGCGGCCAGGACUCCAGAUCAUGGCGGCUAGUGAUACAGAACGAGACGGACUAGCCCCAGACGGAGACAAGAAAAAAGAGCAGUCGGAUGUCUCUCUUUCUCCUAGAACCUCAAAACAUCACUAUUCAAGAUCGCGGUCAAGGUCACGGGAAAGGAGACGCAAGUCAGAUAAUGAAGGAAGAAAACAUAGGAGCCGGAGCAGAAGCAAAGAGGGAAGAAGACACGAGUCCAGAGAGAAAUCCUCUAAGAGACACAAGUCUGAGGAACACACGGACAAAGAGCAUUCCUCUGAGAAGGGGAGGGAGCGGCUGAAUUCAUCCGAAAACGGGGAGGACAGACACAAGCGGAAGGAGAGGAAGCCUUCGAGAGGGAGGAGCCACUCCAGGUCCAGGUCUCGUGAGAGGCGCCAUCGUAGUAGAAGCAGGGAGCGAAAGAAGUCUCGAUCCAGGAGUAGGGAACGGAAGAAAUCAAGAUCUAGAAGCAGAGACAGGAAGAAGUCACGAUCCAGAAGCAGGGAAAGAAAGCGGCGGGUCAGGUCGCGCUCACGCUCCCGGUCAAGACACCGGCACAGGACUCGGAGCAGGAGCCGGAGCAGGAGCCGGAGCCGAGAUAGAAAGAAGAGAAUUGAGAAACCAAGAAGAUUCAGCAGAAGUUUGAGCCGAACUCCUAGCCCACCUCCCUUCCGAGGCAGAAACACAGCCAUGGAUGCGCAGGAGGCUCUGGCCAGGAGGUUGGAAAGGGCAAAGAAAUUACAAGAACAGCGAGAAAAGGAAAUGGUGGAAAAACAGAAGCAACAGGAAAUUGCUGCAGCGGCUGCUGCUACUGGAGGCUCCGUGCUCAAUGUUGCUGCCCUGUUGGCAUCAGGAACUCAAGUAACCCCCCAGAUAGCGAUGGCAGCACAGAUGGCAGCCCUGCAGGCUAAAGCGCUGGCAGAGACAGGAAUAGCUGUGCCCAGCUACUACAACCCAGCCGCCGUGAACCCCAUGAAAUUUGCCGAACAAGAAAAAAAAAGGAAAAUGCUUUGGCAAGGCAAGAAAGAAGGGGAUAGAUCCCAAUCUGCUGAAAUAUGGGAAAAACUGAAUUUUGGAAACAAGGACCAAAAUGUCAAAUUUAGGAAAUUAAUGGGUAUUAAGAGUGAAGAUGAAGCUGGCUGUAGCUCAGUUGAUGAAGAAAGUUACAAGACAUUGAAGCAGCAGGAAGAAGUAUUUAGAAAUCUUGAUGCUCAGUAUGAAAUGGCAAGGUCACAGACGCACACACAGAGAGGAAUGGGUUUGGGUUUCACAUCUUCAAUGCGAGGAAUGGAUACAGUUUGAGAAGAUCACACUUGUAACGUUUGGGACUUUAUAGACUCGUUCUGAAUGUCAGGUCCUUGUUCACCAAACAGCUAGCAUUCUAGCUUGCAUGGGUGUUGCAUUGACUUUAAUUUAUUGAAAAAUACGAUUUUGUUUGUAAAUAUCAGAUCCGUGAUACUGGUGUCAGUGUUGUAAUCAGGUUAAACCCACUUCCAUUAUACUUGACAGGAAUAGAGGAGGACAAUAUUUUUUAGUUCAUGAAUUCUACUUUUCAAAUAUAUAAAAGCUGCAGGUGGGAUAAAAUCUCAUACAUAGAUUUUUUUCGUGUCCACUGUCUUGUGUACUUUUGUACUUAACCCUGUACAGUUAUUUUCAUCUCUUGAAACAUGAAAGAAAUGUUACAUAGAUGUUCUUUAGAAGAUCGGCCAUUUGGUACAAAAUCCAGCACAAUAAAGCUGGAUGUGAUGAUAAUAAAAAUGGUUUUCUCAAAACUGGUGUUAAUUUAAGUCACCUGGAAUUCUUUGAAUUUAUUUUGUGGUUUCUGUAGCAUUUUGCAAUUGCUAUUAGUAAACACUGGCUAGAAACUUUUUUUAAAAAACAGUUAAGUAUGCUACAGGCAGCACCUUGGUUAGCAGCAAUGUCCAAGUAAGGUGGGAGAGAAUGCAUCUAAAAAGAACACUGUUCCUGCUCCUGGAAGGGCAGAGUUGGUGUACAGUAUUUGUCAAAUAUUCCAUGUUAUUCAGGAAAUAGCUUAAUGCAUUAAAGGGAUGUACGCACUUUUAUUUUAAUAAAGUGCCUUAUAACAA